AGUUGUGUUUCUACUUUCUACACAACCCAAAUUGACACCUUGUUGGAGAGGCCCUACUUCCUCCGCCGCGAGUCUGCCGCCGUCUUCUCUCCACUAACCCCCAUUUAGAGGCUUGAAGAACCUAGUUUUCCCAUUUUCGAUUCUUUCGAAAUUAGGUUGUGUUAGCAUGUUGAGACUAGCUUGCCGCAAGUUAUGUGCUCGUGUGGAUGGAGGAUGUGAAAUCCGGUCAUUAUCACAGAUACGCGGUUUCCACUCUGCUCAGCCGUCUUUGGCGCCAAGAAGCUUUUUUGGCGUCGAAGAUUUUCUAGAUGACGAUAAUAGCAGGCCAUACACUUAUCAAAAAGAAAAGAAGUCGAGAAAUCCAAACAAGCACGUAUCCUUCAAACAGCGUACCGUUGCUUACAUGGAGCCGUUUACCCUGGACGUGUUCAUCUCAAAGCGGUUCGUCUCUGCUUCAAUCACCCACAGAGUGACAUGCAAGCAGGUUGCUGUUGCUGGUACAAACUCGAAAGAUAUCAAGGCUGCACUGAGAUCACGAUCCGACAUACCUGCUUGUUUGGCAAUAGGUCAGAUUUUGGCCGAUAGGGCGAGAGAAGCUGACGUGUAUACAGCUUCUUAUACCCCCAGGGAAAGAGAUAAGUUUGAAGGGAAAAUAAGGGCAGUUGUUCAGUCCCUUAUUGACAAUGGCAUUGAUGUCAAAAUCUAUCUUGAUUGAUCAUUUUUACAAGUCCUAGUUUUGUCAAACCAAUUUCAAAUUGUUAACAACGCUAUUAGUUUUUCA